AAAUGUGAAAAUGUUAACAAGUAUAGUGAGCAUAGUGAGCAUAGUGAAUGCUAUGCCCUAUUUUCUGCGGUUAUAGGAAAGAGUAUUUCAGUUACAUUAGUGCUGUAUCAGGCAUCUCUAUGGGGAUUCUGCAGAGGCAAGGAAAAUAUUGAUGAGAAUAUACUUGAAUCAUUUAUUAGAAAUUUGAGACAGGAGCCAAAAAAUGAGUGGAUAAUUCAUAAUAUAAAUGUUACAGAAAUAUUCUGUAAAUACCAGCAAGAGGUUCUUAAAACACUUCAAUCAACCGGACUAACGUGGGACAAUAC